AUGAGUCAAUUUGCAAACCCAGGCGUGGGGACUUUUACAGCAUGGGAUUACGUCGUUUUUGCUUCGCUCUUUGUCGUUUCUUCUGGGAUAGGAGUCUUUUUUGCCAUCAAAGAAAGAAAGAAGGUUACCUCCCAUGAGUUUCUGGUAGCAGGGAGACAGAUGUUUUGUGGCCCAGUGGCCCUCUCUCUCACCGCCAGUUUCAUGUCUGCAGUGACUGUGUUAGGAGCCCCCUCGGAGGUUUAUCGGCAUGGAGCUUCUUUCAUCCUCUUCUGCGUCGCCUUCACAUUUGUUGUCAUCUUCACAGCGGAGCUCUUCCUACCUGUCUUUUACAGAUCAGGAAUUGCCAGUACAUAUGAGUAUUUGGAAUUGAGGUUCAAUAGGCUGGUUCGUCUUGCCGCUACCAUUAUCUAUAUCCUCCAAACAAUUCUGUACACAGGUAUUGUGGUUUAUGCACCAGCUCUGGCACUGAAUCAAGUGACUGGUUUUAAUCUCUGGGGAUCAGUGUUUGCAACAGGAAUUGUUUGCACCUUCUACUGCACCCUGGGUGGUUUGAAGGCAGUUCUGUGGACAGACGCGUUCCAGUUGGUUGUGAUGAUCUUGGGAUUUUUGACAGUUCUUAUCCAAGGAAGCAUCAAGUUAGGAGGAAGCAGCAAUAUGUGGAAGAUAGCCAGGAAUGGCCAAAGACUCAACGUAUUUGAUUUCAAUGUAGAUCCUUUGAGGCGUCAUACCUUUUGGACAUUGGCAGUAGGGGGCACGUUUACCUGGUUAGGAAUCUAUGGAGUGAAUCAAUCCAUCGUCCAAAGAUGCAUCUCGUGCAAAUCAGAAAAACACGCCAAAAUGGCACUGUACCUGAAUUUGCUUGGUCUCUGGGUGAUCACUGUCUGCGCAGUGUUCUCUGGGCUGAUUAUGUAUGGGUAUUACGUGAACUGUGAUCCUUGGACUGCAGGAUUCAUUUCAGCAUCAGACCAGCUCAUGCCCUAUUUUGUUAUGGAAAUAUUGGGACACCUGCCAGGGCUUCCUGGACUUUUUGUAGCCUGUGCAUUUAGCGCCACACUUAGCACAGUAGCUGCCAGUAUUAAUGCACUCGCAACUGUAACAUAUGAAGACUAUGUUAAACAAUGCUUCCCCAACAUAUCAGACAAGAUGAGCACCUGGAUCAGCAAAGGAUUGUGCAUACUGUAUGGUGCAGCUUGUACUUCGAUGGCAGUUGCAGCAUCUUUAAUGGGAGGCAUCAUACAGGCAGCACUCAGCAUUCACGGCAUGUGUGGGGGGCCUAUGCUCGGGUUAUUUUCCUUGGGCAUUUUAUUUCCUUGCGCAAACUGGAUUGGUGCAAUCGGAGGCCUGGCAGUUGGAGUAACCUUAUCGUUCUGGCCUGCAAUUGGUGGGCUUAUCUAUCCUGCACCAGCAUCAAAGACGCUACCCUUACACUUAAGUACUAACAGUUGCUUACGACUGAACACAUCGGAUCUUUUUCCUACUUCGUUGCCAACUGUAAUCCCCGAACAGAUGCACAGACCGCCACUGGCAGAUAGCUGGUAUUCCAUAUCGUAUCUCUACUAUAGUCCUUUGGGAUUCCUGGGGUCAUUGGGAGCUGGACUUCUGUUAAGCUUCAUAUCAGGACCCAGGCAUGGAGCAAAUGUGAAGCCUUUGUUAGUCCGACCAUUCUGCAACCUGUUUUGUUUUUGGUCAGAAAAGUACAAGAGGAUCUUUUGGUUUGGUGUCCUCCAUGGAGAGGAAAACAGCACAGAGGCUAACAAUGAAAAUAGAAUAUCAGAUAAUGACUUGACAGUGAAAAUGCCACCAGGGAAAGAUCUCAUUGAUGUGUACAGUCAGGAAGCAAUGAAAGCUCCAUCUGCUUAUACCCCAGAACAACAGCCUCACAGUAAUGUUGGUGUUACUAAAGAUACAUAUUUUUAA